AUGGCUCCCUACCUCAACGAGACCGAGAGGACUGCUUCGAGCAGUACCCAAGGACCUCUCUUCACUGUCCAGUCACCCAACGUGACAUACUCCGAUGAUGCCAUUCUCAGCAAGUAUGUCUACCGUCAAACCAAGGUGACCAAGUCAUCCAGUGGAGCCUAUGUUGCAACACCAAAAGAAACCGUCUAUGACUUCAAGGUCGGACGUAAGGUUGGCAGAGUCGGCAUGAUGCUUGUCGGCUGGGGUGGUAAUAACGGAUCUACCGUGACUGCUGGCAUCAUCGCCAACCGCCAAGGUCUCUCGUGGGAGACCCGUGAAGGCAAGCAGUCCGCAAAUUACUAUGGCUCUAUGGUCAUGUCGUCCACAGUCAAGCUCGGCGCCGACUCGGAGACUGGUGAGGAGAUCUACGUCCCUUUCAACGAGCUCUUGCCCAUGGUCAACCCUAACGAACUCGUCGUCGGUGGCUGGGACAUCAGCGGUAUGAACAUCGCCGAGUCCAUGGACAGAGCAGGCGUACUCGAGCCCACCUUGAAGCAGAUGGUUCGCAAGGAGAUGGCACAAAUGGUCCCUCUGCCUAGUAUUUACUACCCAGACUUCAUCGCCGCGAAUCAAGAAUCAAGAGCAGACAACAUCUUGGAGGGAUCCAAGGCAUGUGACGAGCACCUCGAGAAGAUCAGAGCCGAUAUUCGUGAGUUCAAGUCCAAGCACAGCCUCGACAAGAUUAUUGUCCAGUGGACUGCCAACACCGAGCGCUACGCCGACAUCCUCCCUGGCGUCAACGACACAGCCGACAACCUUCUCAAGUCCAUUGCUUCGGGCCACUCCGAGAUCGCCCCCUCGACCAUCUUCGCAACAGCAUGUAUCCUCGAAGGCGCACCCUUCAUCAACGGCUCGCCCCAGAACACUUUCGUACCGGGUGUCAUUGCCUUAGCCGAGCAGCAUCAAGCCUUCAUUGGCGGCGACGACUUCAAGUCCGGUCAAACAAAGAUGAAGUCCGCCCUUGUGGACUUCCUCAUCAACGCUGGAAUCAAAGUGAAGUCCCUGGCCUCCUACAACCAUCUCGGCAACAACGAUGGCAAGAACCUCUCCGCGCCUUCUCAGUUCAGAUCAAAGGAGAUCUCGAAGUCAAACGUUGUCGAUGACAUGGUUGCUGCUAACCACAUUCUGUACGAGAAGGAUGAACAUCCUGAUCACACUGUUGUCAUCAAGUACAUGCCUAGUGUUGGCGACAACAAGAGAGCUCUCGAUGAGUACUAUGCCGAGAUCUUCAUGGGCGGACACCAGACCAUCAACAUGUUCAACAUCUGCGAGGACUCGCUGUUGGCAUCACCGCUGAUCAUUGACCUGGUCUUGAUCGCUGAGCUCAUGACCAGAGUUCAGUGGAGAGAGAACGGAUCGGAGGACUCCGAGUUCAAGGGCUUCCACUCUGUGUUGAGUGUCUUGAGCUACAUGCUCAAGGCCCCCCUUACGCCUCCUGGCACACCCGUCGUCAACGCUCUGAGCAAGCAAAGAAAUGCUCUGGUCAACAUCUUCCGUGCUUGCGUUGGCCUUGAGCCUGAAAACGACAUGACGCUCGAGCACAAGCUGUUCUGA